CACUCCCUCCUCCUCACCUGGGCUUUACCUGUACACACACACACAUACAGAGAGAGAGAGAGAGAGUUUGGAGCUUUAGCUUGAAGCUAAGGCCAGUUUACGGUCACAGAGUCAGCAGGUACUGUGGUACUUUCUCGGCAUGGAGGAGGUGUUCGGGGGUCUGGGCCGGUGCUCCUGGGCCUUCUGGCUGGCCGUGGUGUUCGACUCUCUGGGGCUGGUCGUGCUGCUGCUGGGCGUUUUCGCGGAUUUGUUCUUCUACGACUUUCUGAUCUACGCCGGAGCCAUCGUCAUCUUCCUCAGCCUCAUCUGGUGGGUCUUCUGGUACACGGGCAACAUCGAGGUUCCUCCAGAGCAGCUGGAGGACGACGUGGGCCUGCUGAAGAAGGAGAGAGGUCUGGGUGGGGCGCUGAGGAGGUUCUCCAGCCGCCUGUCCAGCGGGAUCAGGGCGUCUCUGAGGAGGAACCAGCCCAACAACAACAACGCUGCUGGAAGAAGAUCUGGAGCUGCGAAGAGAGGAGGCCCGGUGACUCUGGCCAUGAACGCUGAGGAUCUGAGCACUGUGUGUGAAUCUGUGACCACUGUGGAAACUUCUCACACUUCAGCCAUAUGAACAGUGUCUUCACAUGACCUUUCUUCAGUGAUGGACAUCACGUGGGAUCAUUUAAAUAAUGAUUCUGUAAAUUAACUCGUUUUAAAAUGUUAUUUCAGUAAAUGAAGGUGUACACUCAGUUAAGAUGUGUAAACCUUUGUUUUGUUUAUAGAAGAACAUAUGCUAACUUAUUAAUAGCAUCAGUAGUGUUAUUCAAUAUUAGUUAUUUUUCUUUUUGCUGCCCGUUACGUUAAAUUUCAUUAAAUGUCAUUUUAAAUUACAAUGUUAAGAACUACUACUAGAAAAAAAAUAUUUAAGGAUAUUCAUUUUGUUAAUAAAAACUAAGAUGCUACUUAAGUUAGCUUACUUACUGCUAAGCAUCAGUAGGAGGUUAGUUUAAUAAUAUCUACUUUACAGUACUGCACAGUUUUUCCCCACACAAUACAUUUACAUGUUCCUAAAUGCUGUUUUAACUAGUAUAUAAAUUAAAUAGUAUAUAUUUAAAUGAAGGCAUACAUUCAUUUAAGCUUUGUAUGCCUUUGUUUAGUCUUUUUAGCUAAUUAUGCUAACAUAUUACAAUCAAUAUAGUGUUUCUUUGGCUAGCUAACACUGCAAAUUUUUUUGGCACAUAUUAUGUUUAAAUAUUACUAAAAGUAAUUUGAAUAUUUAUAUAAAACAUUCUUUUAAUUGUUAAAUUGUAGAAGUAGUACACAAUGCUAAAUAAGAAGAGCUAUACAUUUUGUUUUUUUAUGGUAAUAGUUGAUGCUGUAAACUUGCCUUUAUUGUUGUUUGUGCUGAUUUGGCUACCAAUUAUUUAAAAAAUCUUUACAUAUCAAUUAAGUAUAAAAUUACAGAAAUUACACUUAAUAUUGGCAUCACAAGUGAUUUAUUGUCCCAACAUUGCUGUAGUAUGACCUGCAUUUUGUUACCUGUAUUGUUUAACAGUCUUGCACAGGCUGAACCAACAUUUCUUUAUGUGUUUUUGACUCUUUGUUGUUAAUUUUCCCUCAAAAAUGGGCAUUUCAGUUUGAGGAAGUACAGUCUUCAGAGAAAUGAGAGCACAUUAGCCUUCUUAUCAGUCUGUUAACCAUUAACCCCAUUUUACUGAGGACCUGCCCAGUGCAAAAACCACACACUUAAAAUGCGGGAUGGAAAAAUGAUGUGUAACACCUGCUAGCAGUAGUGGAAGUUUCUGAACACACAGGACUGUCAGGUUAAUAACGAAAUAAUUAUCAUGUAAUUGAGAACUGUACAGAGAGACCAUAUUUACCGUUCUUUUUUUUUCUUUUUUUUUUGUAUGCAGUUUGUUUUACAGUGUUUUUAUACCUGUUUUUAAUCAGCAUUGCUGAGAAGAUUCAUUGCAGAAGACUAAAUGAUGAAUAUAAUUAUUUUGUUGUUAUGUUUGUAUUUGUUUACACUAUGUUGAUCAAAUUUAAUUUAGAAUUGCUCAGGGUUUGACUGAUUUUCAAAAUAUAGUGUAUUACAGGUUAUUAAUGAGCUGUUUCAAAUUCUAAUUAGUAAUCUGUUAGACAACAAUUUUCAAUGUAAAGCAAUCGUAUUAAAUUUUGUUUUUGUAAUUUGCAAUGUUUUUUAUGUUCUAUUUAGAAUUUACGUUAACCAUCAUUUACAUUUGUGUCAUUUUACUGAUCGUUAUGUUUUGUUUCUGAGACCCUGCCUUGUGAAAUAAUUAAUAAAUGAAGCAGUAUUUUUU